AUGAGUUCGGAAGAACAACCCAGUUCAAAUCCAAAAGAAACAGCGCCAAUUCAACAACACCCUAAAAGACCAAUACGCAGACAUCUUACUGCUGCCGAACGCGAAAAAUUGGAAGAAAUGAGAGCUCCACUUUGGGAAAAGAUCCUUAGGAAGAACAUUGCCACAAUAGGCUUUGCAUUUAUCAUAUUUUUCUAUACUUGUCUUAAACCAAUUCUCGAAAAUAUCAUUCCUGAAGGCAAUAAUGUCAGACUUUUCAACAAAUUCAAACCAGGUGAUUUACUCAAGUACAGAAUCUUCAUGUCAACAUACAAAGAUCUCAAACUUGACAGACCAAAUUCAUACAGAUUCAUUUAUGAAUCCCCAGAAUUCAAUUAUAGUCUGAAACAUUUCACCCAACACCUUGGAGACCUUAAUUACACAGUUACUAUCAAUCCCAAGAUCUUAUCCAAUAAAACCGAGAGAUAUUGGGUUGUAGAAGUUUCUCCUGUCGACUGCAAUUUCCAAGAAGGUCCAGUUAAUGGCAAAGAUUGCGUCAAGUCCUACCACGUUGCUCCAAUCAUCCGCUGGGAGACUCCUGCCAAGAAAGAAGGCCGUAAACUUCUUGAUUUCAAUAGGAAGAAAGAACCCGAAGUAAAACAAGAAGAUGACAUCUAUUCUAACACGACAUUACGUCCAUUUACUUAUCCAAACAAUACCUUCGAUAUAGUUUUCAUUAAAGAUUACAUCAGAAUCUCAGAUAUCGCAUAUCAUAAUUACAAGCACAUUAGAGCCAGCGAACAGUUCCAAAUCUUAAUCCCACCAACCACCGAAAAUUACUACCUCCAUAUUCCUAACUCUCGUCUCUGGCUGAACGAAUCUGAGACAAAAGAUAUCGAAUACCAUCUUUCCUUCCAGUUGAAGAGUUUCUUUGCUUGGGAUUAUCCAUUAGACCAAGAAGUCGGUCAGGAUAACAAGGUUCUUCUCAAAGUUUGGACCGAUAUCAAAACCGCUCAUAUUGAAAACCCAGCAUGGUUCUUCUGGGGCUAUAUCUUCCUUGCCGUUACCCGUAACAUUGUAAAACUCAUCACAUUCAAGGAAGAAUUCGAUUUCUGGAUAGAUGUCAAGAAUGUCCGAGGAAUUUCAGUUCACACCGUUGUAUUUGACUUGUUUACAGAUAUCGUUGUAAUGUUGUAUCUUUACGAUCAACACUCCAACAUGCUUGAUGUAAUUUUGAAAGGAUUUUCUAUACUUUUGUCACUUUUCAAAGUAUUCAAAUUACUUACACCAAUUAUGGACUGGCCAUACUUCAAAUGGAACGGCGGCGAAGACGAUCCAGACACAUUGACAUUCGAUAAUGAAGUUGGCAAGUAUAUUAACAAAGGAUUGAUUCCUUUAUUCAUAGGAACAUUGAUUUAUCAACUUAUUUUCAGUGAAUUCAAAUCAUGGAUGUCAUUUAUCAUUCAAGGAUUCUUUAGUUUUGUUUCUUUGUUUGGUUUCGUAAGAUUAUUCCCACAGUUGUAUAUUAACUACAAACUGAAGUCUGUUGCAGGUAUUUCAUUCACUGUUUUGGUCUACAAAUGCAUUGGUACUUUCAUUGAUGAUUUAUACGCAAUAUUAAUGAAUUUGCCAACAUUGUAUAAGAUUACUUGUUUCAGAGAUGAUAUAACAUUCUUUAUUUGGGUAUUCCAAUGCUGUAUUUAUAAGAUUGAUAAUACUAGAUCUAAUGAAUACGGUGAAAUCCUUGCGAAAUUGAAGGAAGAAGAGGAAGACGAAGCUGAAGAAGAGAUGAAAAAGAUUAAGAAAGAAGUUAAAAUAGAAGAUAUUGAUGAUAGUGAGGAUGAUGAAUUACAAAUGAGAACUCAGAAAGAAAAGAAAGAUAACUUUUAA